UAGUGUCGUUGAAUAGAUGUUUACAGUAACUCAAGAAUACCUGUUUAGUAGAUCGAUAGCAUUUCACUUUUAUUGUGAAGAUAUUAAAGGACGUCACACAUUCCUUACACUAUUAACCAAGUUCUCUACCCUUGUUGAAGACACAGUACGCCUUUGUUUUGUGUUGCUAUUUUCAAGCUGAAGAUAUUACAUACUGCAAGCUUUGGUUCGAAUCUUUCCUAGCUCCUCGAUAUUUCAAACGCGCUAAAAGAUUUUUAAAGGGUAAUUUUCAAGAGAAAUUAAACCUUGAUUAAGAAAUGCUUUCUUGACCAAACAAGGCGUCAAGAGAUGAGCCAGAGGAUAUUUUUAGCUUUAAUUCUUUGCCUCUACAGCCAGGUCACGCAUCAGUCUAGCAAUGUACCACCGCCACCGGAGAUCACGCGGUCCACCUUGAACAUGCAGGUGGACGAAACCGAAGACCAGCAGAUUGAUUUGAACGGCGGGAAUCCUUUGAUCACCUGCGUAGACGAGGACCCAACCAGAGCGUUCAUUCAAUCUGUAAGCCCCUCUUCGCCUUGUGGAAAGAAGUGUUUUAUGCUCAGCCCUUGUGGGGGCUCUGGAAACUCUUCAGAUUUCUGUCUGCUGUUCCUGCCCACUGAAGGCACGCUGAACUAUGUCCAGGCAUCCAAGUAUACACUGACCAUUGGCUGCACUGAUGACGUAGAGCCUGUCAACUUGACCACUGUGACGGUGACCGUGGUGCCCAACACACCGCCUACAUUUGUCCCUGCUCUACCUGUUAAUGAUGCAAAGACUGUGGAUGGUACAGCUUACAAACCAGGUGACCUCCUGUACAACGUGGCUACAAAUGAUAUUGACGGCGAUCCCAUCUACUACACGAUGUCGACCAAUCCGUCCACGCCAUAUAUAACUAUCGGUGCAACAGACGGACAGAUUCGGGCCACCAAUGACCUCAGGUAUCUCUGUCAGAGCAAAAUCACCGCCACGGUGAGAGCCACAGACAAAUACAACCCAGCCAUCGGCCCCAAAACCAUUGACAUCUCAAUCAACCCCCACAACAAUCCUCCCUAUAUCACCAACCUAAGUAAUGUGACGAGCAUCAAUGAGAACAUAGGUAAAGGUCAGACUGUGUUCACCUUGGGCCUGGUGGAUGAUGGGAUUGGAAAGGUCAACUACCGCAUGACCUCUGUGUCCAAUGGAGGUUUGGAGCAGUACGAGCUAGUUGGAAACCAAAUCAGAACUAAAAUUGACCCCAACUACGAAAGGACGGACACUCGAACUGCCACCCUGUACUUUGAUGUGACCGAUGGCUACUGCACCACGUCCCAAUAUUCACUGACCAUCAACAUCAAGGAUGUGAACGAGCCGCCGCUACUGACCCCGCCCGUAAUGAAGCAGAUAGUGGUCAACGAAGGAGAUGUAGUCACGCCUACAGGUAUUACCCUAAUUGACGAGGACUUGAAUGAUGUCCACACCUACACGAAACUGACCGGUCCCAACGAGUUCAACGUGGACCCUAAAUCUGGGGACAUCUACUCUGUGUCCACUAUUGACAUUGACAAGAACACGGUCUCUAAAACGUAUGCGAUGACGUAUAAGGUAACAGAUAAAGGUGGCCUCUCAGCCACUGCCACGACGACCCUGACAGUCUAUGACAUCAACGACAACCCGCCCUACUUCAAGACCAACGCCUACAGCUUCGCCGCCACAGAAUGCACGGACUUAGGCACGGUCAUAGGUAAAGUGACAGGUGAUGACGAUGAUUCAAGUUACCGACAAAACGACAAAAUUAUAUUUGGUGGCAGUGGAGGCAAGAUGGCGGUGAUGUCCAACGGUGACGUCGUGCUGACACAAGCCUGUGUGAAUGGUGAAUCUGGAUCAGGUUCGGCCACUAUAACAGACCAAGGGGAAUAUCCAGGACCUUUGUCUGGAGUGUCGGCAACAUUGACUCUACAGUGUGGGCCAUGCCCACCACCCACACCAGCACCGGUUGUGAACACGCCAGCCCCAGCGACGACCACCACCAAGAAAACCACGGUGACGACAAAGGCCACGACUUCCGGUGGCGGCGGCGGAGGCGGGAGCAGCAUCACGGACUAUUUGGCGUGGAUGAUACCAGCCAUCCUUGGCGGAUUAAUCUUCUUGGCUCUGACGUCUUACUUUAUAUACCGGUACUGCUUCCCUUGCAGAAAUCCUUGUGCUGGACGGUGCGUGCGCAAACCAUCCGUUCCAAAACCGAAACCACCGCCUCCACCAGCGAAACCCAAACCAGUGGAGCCUAAAAAGCUGCCGCCUCCGCCUCCACCACCAGCGCCUAAGGCGCCGCCACCACCACCACCACCUCCCCCACCUCCAGAACCAGUCCCUGACCCAUAUUUGUUUGGAUUCUGGAAAGAACAGUACACAGACCAAGACCACUUGAACCAGCCAGUCAGGGCGGCCAAACCACAGCCCAUUGAAAACAUGCCCCCCGUGGAGGUGGCUCCCAGAGGCAACGCCAUACCCCCAGAUAACCUCAAGCUGGGCAACCCAGGCAUCGGUCAAUGGAACCCGAAACCAGCGGCCUCGAGCAACGCAGCCCCACCCACAGUCACUCAAGCAGCACCCAAGAAAUCAACAUGCGCCAUCCUAUAACAUUCCAUGUUUAUCAUUUGCUGUUCAUUGUUACAAGUACUUACAAAUAUUUAUAGGCAAGGGAUAAAAUGACAACUGUGCAGGAGAAUAAACUUCUGUUUGUAUAGUAUUUGGAAUGUCAAGCCCGCGGAGUAAAUCUUGAAGACUUACUGUUGCUUCUCUCGCAGACCAAGUAACUCCUUUGUUAUUGAAGGCAUCACCAAAUGGCCUUGUCGUUCAUCGAUCUCUUAAAAACAUUGUUAUUGAGAAGAGGAAUUCAUUCCUAAUUUACAAAUCUAAUACAUUUUGUGUAUACGUGUAGAGCUUACUUAUAAUGUGACUAAAUAUUUCAAUGUAAAUAUUGUAUUUCUUUUUUUUUUUUUUGGUCUGCAUCUUUACUUUUAUAGCAGAUUAACUGUUAUGACUAACUUAGGACUUACAUACGUUUUGUUUCUUAACCAAUUCUUAUUAAGGUGAAUUAGUUACACAAGUCAAUGUCUUCCUGUUCAGUCCAGUACAGUUGUUCAUAGUCAAUAAAUUAAUACAAAUUUAUUUUUUUUUGCCUAAUAACCUUAAAGUUAACUCAUUGAAUCUAGAUGGCUCGACAAAUGAACUAGGAUCACACUAUAUUAUACUUCAAACACUAACCUAAGACCAUACAAUUACAAACAUAUUAUACUUCAAACACUAACCUAAGACCAUACAAUUACAAACAUAUUAUACUUCAAACACUAACCUAAGACCAUACAAUUACAAACAUAUUAUACAACAAACACUAACCUAAGACCAUACAAUUACAAACAUAUUAUACAACAAACGUUAAAAUGUGACCAUACAAGCAUACUAUACUACAGACACUAAUCUAAGACCAUUCAAACUUAUACUACAAACACUGUACUAAGACCAUGCAAACAUAUUAUUCUACAAACGCUAAACCAUACAAACAUUAUACAAAAGGACCUUAACUAAGACCAUACAAACAUUAUACUCCGAACACCGGAAGAACACAAUACAAACAUAUACUACAAACACUAUACCUAGAGCAUACAAACAUAUUAUACUACAAACUCUAAACUGAGACCAUACAGACAUUAUACUACAAGCCCUUAACUAAGACCAUACUCACAUAUAUUAUUCUAUAAGCAAUGAAAUAAUUUUUGUUAAAUCUAAAUUAAAUCUAGCUAGUAUGUGUUGAUUUACAAUAAAAAACAAAGGCCUAAUACUUAACUUUUUUAAAGCGUAAAUUUUUAGCAAUAUUUUAUUGAUGCAGAUUGUAUCUAUAUGUUCUGUUGAGGAUCAAAUGUCUCUAAAAGCCAAUAAAGUGCCACAUUUAUAACUAAGUUCUGCAGUCACA